AGGUGAUUGCAUAUCUUUCCUUUAUCUAUCUAUAUAUAGUUACAUACUCUUAAUUGAAAGAAUACAAUGAAAUAUUUUAAUUACUUAAUUGAUUAAGAUGUUGACUGUGCUCGUGGUGAUACUGGCACUUGCAUUUAUUUUCAAAAUACACGUUCGUAACAAGUACUCAUACUGGCAGACGAAGAAGAUACCAUACGUACAGCCACAUUUCCCGCUGGGAAACGCAGAAAAUCCCUUCAGUCGCAAACGACAUUUCGGAGAAUGGCUCCAGAUGCUGUACCGUACGUUCAGGGAACAGAACACGAAACUAGCCGGAAUUUACAUCGGUACAAGUCCGUAUUAUUUUCCAGUAGACCCCGACGUAAUCAAAUGCAUCAUCCAAACGGAUUUCCACCAUUUUCCCGAUCGCGGUUUCUAUUACAAUGAGAAGGACGAUCCGCUAAGUGCCCAUCUGUGCGUCAUUGGUGGGGAAAAAUGGAAAAACCUGCGGGCCAUGCUAACCCCGACCUUUACGUCGGGUAAGAUGAGGAUGAUGUUUGAUACUUUACUAAAGUGCACCGACCCUAUGGAGAAAAGUAUGAGUGAAGUCGGUGAGAAGGGACUACCAGUUGACAUAAAGGAUGUUGCUGCACGUUUCACUACCGAUGUUGUCGGUUCUUGCGCGUUUGGAUUGGAGUGUAACAGUUUCGAAAGUGUUGACGCCGCGUUUCGUGUCCACGGUCGGAAGAUCUUUUCACCACGAACCAAAAUGGAAACACUCAAGAUUCUGUUUUUGACCGCAAGCCCUGUGUGGGGUAGAAGACUGGGGUUGUCAUUGUUUCCAAAGGAAAGCACCGAGUUUUUCUUCAACAUUGUCAAGCAGACCGUUGAAUACCGACGCGGGAAUGGCAUACACCGCAACGACAUCUUACAAAUUCUGAUGGAGGUUGGCGAAUCCGAUGGGGAACACUCACUCACAAUAGCAGAAAUAGCAGCCCAAGCGUUCGGUUUUUUCGUGGCCGGUUUCGAAACAUCUUCCACGACUAUGUCAUUUUUCCUUUACGAGUUAGCGCUGAACGCUGAUUUGCAGCAGAAGGUGCGAGAUGAAAUAAAAUUGGUUUUAGGAAAGCACGCCGGGAAGGUAACGUACGAAGCAAUCAUGGAGAUGAAGUUUAUGGACCAGGUCAUCAGUGAAACACUGAGAAAGUAUCCACCCCUCUCUUUUUUGACAAGACAGUGCGUUAAGAACUACCGCCACCCGAGUCACGACGUUGAAAUUAAAACUGGCGACAUGAUCCUGAUCUCCCUACUGGCUCUUCAUAGAGACCCCGAAUACUUUCCCGACCCCGAAACGUUUGACCCGGAGAGAUUUUCAGACGAAAACAAGAACAGCAUCCGGCCUUUCUCGUAUAUUCCGUUCGGAGGGGGACCUCGGGGUUGUCUUGGUGUGAGAUUCGGAAGACUUCAGACGAAGGUUGGGCUGACGUGUUUGUUAAAAAACUACUCGUUUUCUCUCAAUCCAAAAUCGCGAAUUCCUCUUACGUUCGACAAGUAUAGCUUUAUACUAUCCGCGGAAAAGCCAAUUUUUCUAAAUAUUGAAAAACUUCAUGCAGGUAGGGCGUAAAAAGUAUUUCCAAAGGCCUUGUAUAUCAUUAAUAAGGAAUAAAUUAUUGAAGAAGUUU